GGGGUUCUGGGAAUGGUAGUUCUAUUGCUGCUUCCCUUAGUCCUCAGCUGAGGGCAGAUUUCCAAGCACCUGUCCCUUUGCAGGGAAGCUGAACUACAUUUUCCACCACUCCCUUCGAGAAUGUCACGAUGCAGUUGCUUGAUAACAAGCCAAACAGGAAUUGAUGAGAGCUACAUGGGAGAGAUUUAAAGGUUUUAUCUGUUAUUGAGGAGACUUCCCCAUCAACCUCAAGGCCAGCAUUGUGUAGUGAAGGAAAAUGGAGCUUGCAGAUCUCUUGAAAUUUCCCGUCAUGGAAAUCAAUGGAACAACAGUAACAGUGGCUCUGCUGGUGAUCCUCCUAAUGUUACUCUGUUGGUACUCCACCUCUUCGUUCUCCAGGCUGGAGAAGGUGGGUAUCAGGCAUCCAGCACCUUUGCCUUUCAUCGGAAACCUGCUGUUCUUUCGCCAGGGAUUUUGGGAAAACCAUACAAAACUGAUCAAGGAGUAUGGACCUGUUUGUGGAUACUACAUCGGUCGGCGAAUGUACGUGUUGGUGUCCAAGCCAGAGAUGAUAAAACAUAUCUUAGUGAAGGACUUCAGCAACUUCACCAACAGAAUGACACCAGGCUUGGUUACCAAGCCAGUAAUUGACAGCAUUCUCUGUCUGCGGGAUCAGAGGUGGAAAGAAGUUCGGAGCAUACUGACCCCGGCCUUCAGUGCUGCAAAAAUGAAAGAGAUGACUCCACUAAUAAACCAAGCAUGUGAUGUCCUGCUGAGUAACUUGAAGGUGUAUGCGGAUUCUGGCAAGGCUUUUGAUAUCCAAAGGAGUUACGGCUGCUUCACCUUGGAUGUCGUUGCUAGCGUGGCUUUCGGUACCCACGUGGAUUCUCAGAAGAAUCCUGAUGAUACCUUUGUUAAGAACUGCAAAAAGUUCUUUGAAUUUUCAGUGCUUAGGCCCAUCCUAAUUCUAAUAAUUGCAUUUCCAUUCAUAAUGAUCCCACUGUCCCGGAUUUUGCCAAACAAGAGUCGUGAUGAGAUGAAUGGAUUUUUUAUCAAAGCCAUUAAAAAUAUGAUUGCCUUGAGAGAUCACCAAGAUGCAAAUGAGAGGCGCAGAGACUUCCUCCAGUUGGUACUCGAUGCUCGCAGCUCUACGAACUACAUUGGUGUGGAGCACUUUGACAUAGUCAACCAAGCUGAUGUUUCCAUUCAGGACCGUAAGCCUCCUGCUGACAAGGCCCUGCCUAAAAAGGUUCAGAAGACAUUGUCUGAGGAUGAGAUUGUAGGCCAAGCCUUCAUCUUCCUCAUUGGUGGGUAUGAGACCACCACCAAUGCCCUCUCCUUCGCCACCUACUUAUUAGCCACCAACCCAGAGUGCCAGGAGAAACUGCUGCAGGAGAUAGAUGAGUUCUCUGGAAAACAUGAUGUUCCUGACUACCAAAAUGUCCAAGAGCUCCCUUACCUGGAUAUGGUGAUUGCAGAGACAUUGCGCAUGUACCCACCUGCAUUCAGGUUCACUCGGGAGACAUCGAAGGACUGCGUAGUGAUGGGACAGCAUAUUCCAGCUGGUGCCAUAAUAGAAAUUGCAGUUGGACCUCUACAUUAUAACCCUGAGCUCUGGCCAGAACCUGAGAAAUUCAUCCCUGAGAGGUUCACAGCAGAGGCCAAACUGCAGCAGCAUCCCUUCACAUACCUCCCGUUUGGAGCAGGACCUCGCAGCUGCAUUGGCAUGAGGAUGGCUUUGCUGGAGAUAAAGAUGACCCUGCUGCGGAUCUUGCAGAAGUUCAAAUUUGAAACCAGUCCCGAGACCCAGAUUCCUUUGCAGUUGACAUCUGUGUCGUCAUUAGCACCAAAAAACGGAGUCUAUGUUAAGAUAGUACCUAGAUAGAGCAAAAACCCCAUUCUGAAAGCCUCCAAGGAAGUGAUCCAUUGUUCAGUGGCUCGCUGAUAGAUUGGGGGUAACAUUUUCAAAAGUACUUAAGUGACUUGGGAGCCUAAAUCUUAUUGAAAGUCAAUUGGACUUUAAAUGUGUGGUCCAAAAUCCUGCUGAUUUUCAAUGAAACUCAGGCUCCUAAGUCACUUUUGAAAAUGGGACUUAAGUACUUUGGAAAGUUUUACCCAAGCCCAUGACUGUGAAUAGUCUCUGAAAAAGCAUCCCACUUUUCAUCAGCCUUAGUGGUCGUAACAGGGCCCACUUCAUUUUACUUAUCUACAUGGGAGUUUGUCCAGGCUCCAAUCUUAGCAGUCUGCACUUCCUCACCUUCGGUAGAUUUUUAUAAGAUGUUGAACGAUCACUUGUUAGCUAACACGUUUUAACAACAGACCUUUAAAUCCGAGUCUCAAACUCGGAAAGGCAACGUGUGGUGGUAACAGCAAGGACUAGGAAUCAGGACACCUGGAUCCUACGCCGAACUCUGCAGUUGACCGAUCUUGAGGAGACAGCCUAACCUCACGGUACCUGUCAAAUGAAGAUAAUGCUUACUCACCUUUUGUAAAGCGCUCUGAGACAUUUGGAUGAAAUGUGCUCGUAUUAUCCUCUAACUUUUGUUACAGUGGAUUUUAAAAUAAUGGCAAAUGUCUGUACAGCACUUAAGUUCCUAUAAGCAGGACCAGACCAAAGAAUGUUGUAGACUGCUAUUAAGUUUUGUCUGUUACUGAAUAGUAUUUAGCGAACCUUGGAAUAUACAAGUUUAAAGUGUUUAGGAGAACUCGGGGAAUUUUAGGGUUGACUUGAAGAUGGUGGCACAGCAGGAGCUUUCCCAGCAUGGCAUGACGCUUUUCCUUUCUAUGCAUUUCAGUUGGCACUAUACUUGGUCAGAGGAAAUGAAGGAGGCUGCAAUUGCUAGUGCUUAAAGUCAAGGAUUGGGAGCCAGGAAAACCAGUUCCAAUAGCUACACUAGUCACUUCACCAACUUGUGCCUCACUCAACCCACAUAGGGAAAGAAUGUGGGUGAAUGCUAGGCCCAGCGGCUGCCUGCAUGUCUUCACAGUCAAAGCAGCAUUGAUUUGAUUCUUCAGGACCGUUUGCCCACAGCAUCUGCAGUAGCUAAAAGCAAAUUUUUCCAUGUUUGGAAUUUUUCCAUAUUUGCACACAUGGAGCAAACAGUCUCUUCCGCUGCAUCCUGGUCCACCCCAGCAGAGGCUCAAACUACAGUUUUGGGGGCCGCAUGAUACCUAGAUAGAGGCAGAAAGUUUACUCCAUACCCAACCCUAGGUGGAAAAUUGAGAAAAAGGAAGAAAGUUGUCAUAGGCCCAAGUUUUUGUGUGUGUCCCUGUUGCAGGCCCCUGGGUCCUAUGUGGGCUAGUGGAGUGUCACUGAGCAUCCUUCACACUGGGACACUGACCAUUACAGCUGCAGCAUGUUUAGAAUUCCCAGCAGCUUCUACUGCUUCUUAAGCCUCAAGGAACUGUGGCCCAGAUCCUCAAAGAUAUUCCACUGAUUUCAAUCGAAGUCAACGAGCCUAAACACCUUUGAGGAUGUGGGCAGUGGUCCCUUCCCAGGCAGACUAGCAGCACCGAUGACAUUACGGAUCACUACAGGAAGUUCUAUCCACUGAAGAAGGCAGGUCUCAGUUGGAGAGUGGGGUGGUAAGAGGCAGCCUUCCAAGUGUUCGGGGGAGAUGUAUAUUAUUUUCUUUAAACAUAGGGCCCUACUUUGGUUUCCACUGUGGGCUGAGAUCAUGAACAAGAAGAAAGGAGGAGGUUGGUGAAGUUUAUUCGUUUUGCCAAAAAUAGGUUAUUUCCUCCCCUGUGAAAUUAAAUUUUCCUGACGUUCCAGCCAGCUGAGCACUCCUGAGUACUUUAAAAAAGCCCAGUGAGCUUUUGAUAAAACGUAACCUCAGACUGCCCUUUAAAAAAGAACAUCUGUUGCUAGUUGGGAGGGAGGGAGAGCCACCCUGACGCUCUUUGGGCCUCAGCUGAACCAGUCACACUUCUUUUCUAAAGCUAUGCUACAGGAAACACCAGCGCUCGUGCAUGGUACACACAAAACCAGCUGCGAUAUACUUCUCUGCAGCUGCGGUACAAAUGAUAUUGAGUAAGGCGCUCGAUUAGAAGACUGCUGCUGCCCCAUGAUUCCCAUCUACAGUUUCUUGCUUGCAUGUGGCACGUUGAGACUGGUGUGAUUGGCGCAUGCUGCUUUCACCUCUUGCCGGUCAUUGUGACCACACUUUUAAAAGUCAUGCUCUCAUCUUCCUUACCAAGGCUUGUGUUUAUUUCUGUGAUGGGAUUUUCUUCUCACUUGAGUUCUAGCGUAGUAACUGUGGAUUAUAGGCCUGAUAGUUAAUGCUCCAUCCAUACUCCAGCCUUGCCAUGCCGGAGUUUAAAUGACUCAAUGUGCCUAUGAAAUGAGAUAUUGAAUUAGUGGUCUAAUCUAAAAAGGUGCAGCAUGCACCUCUAUGCACAAGUUUGCCUCAACUUUUUCAAUAGCAUAUUAUUUGUGGUUGUGAUUCUAAAUUAUACCUGUGAACUGGAAUAGUAUAGGGUAGUCUCAUUAAAGAUUUUUCCCAUCCAUUUGUCUUAAAGAAAAA